CUUACAUUUUUGACAACUGAUCCGACUUAUGGGUUCUAAUAUUGUUAUUAUUCCAUCUAAUAUCAUGCAAUUUUAAAAUAAACUAGAAGAUAAAAUGAGUUCAUUCUUAGUUAAUGCCAUCAAACGGCUUCAUAUAUCAGUAUCCCCUCAAAUAAGGGCACUUACAACGAUAAACACAAACGGUGUAACCGCUCCAGAUAAUGGUGGUUUAUCUGUAACCAAAAAGGAUUGGAAGUUUCCCCCUAAUUACACAAAACCUCGAGAAGUAUGGAUUGAGAAUUUAGAUUCCAUUGAAGAGAAAAAGCUUGGUUUGUUUGAACUUCACCCUACAGUAUAUGCUUCGCCGCCCAGGAUAGACAUCAUACAUCGCAACGUUACAUGGCAGAGGAAAUACCGAUGGGUCUCCUGGUCUCAAACAAAGACUAGAGCUGAGGUGAGGGGUGGUGGUAGGAAGCCUUGGCCUCAGAAAGGUUUGGGCAGAGCUCGGCAUGGAUCUAUCAGAUCGCCUUUAUGGCGCGGCGGCGGCAUAGCUCACGGUCCGCGAUCUGGCAAAACUCACUUCUUCAUGCUACCUUUCCAUCUAAGAAUACUAGGGCUCACUACAACCCUGUCUGCCAAAUUGGCCCAAGAUGACCUGCAUGUGAUUAAGGAUCUUGAGAUCCCAUCAGAUGAACCCGAAUACUUAGCCGAACUGAUUGAGAAGAGGAACUGGGGUCCAUCUGUCCUUAUUGUUGAUGACACCGAUUUUGCCCCUCGGAACAUAACAGCUGCAAGUGAUGGGCUUCCUCAUGUCAAUAUCAUGCCAGUGUACGGACUCAAUGUCUACUCAAUGCUAAAACAUGAUACCCUCAUCCUAACUAUGUCAGCUGCAGAGAAGAUUGAAGAGCGCAUCCUGACCCACCUCAAUUCCAUCACCAAAGACCAACAGGCUGCAUUCAAAUUAAAUCAAGUUUAAAAAUAGUUUAAACUGCUCAUAGAACAAAGUGUUAGUUAUUUAAAGAAAAUGCAAUAAACAAUUAAAAAUA